AUGACCAUGGAUUCCCACAGAGCUGAAAGGUAGGCAAGCGCCUUUAAAAAGUCCGCCUUGUCAGUUGAACCAGUUCACAAGAUGGAUUGCCAACAGUAUCGAAGUCUGUUAAAGAAGAUAUGCAUGCCUGUUGUGAGAUGUCCUGAGAACAGACAUAGCUUCGCCAGCUUUGAAGAGAAAAACAGUAAUUCUUUCCUUAAAUUCAAUCCAUUCACCCCUCCAGUAGGGCCUAAUUACCCUUUAUUCCCACACCGGGAUGAUGUGCCUUUAGUGGAUCCCUGCUCAGGUUUUGUGAGCUCAGGAGCAGAUGCUGACCUGCAGCCCAAUGUUGGAAGAACUAUUGAAUCCCUGGUGGACUACAGUGAUGUGAAACCUCACCAGCGGAUCCCCAUCACAGGACAGAAAGGCCAGACUGCCCACAGGAGGCCUAUGAUCCUCCUAGAGGAAAUCAGCCAGAACAGAAGGUGGAACUCCAGGGCUGUGUCAGCUGCAUCUCUCAGGGCACGACUAAGAGGUAAAACAAACUACUGUUUUUAUUUCUUAAUCACCAUAUAA